AUGCGCUCGUUACCUGUCCAUCUUCUUCUGGUGCUCACCAUAUCGGUCGCGCUUGUCGGCGCCUGCUUCCUUAACUCAUGUCCCUACAGAAGAUACGGAAGAACUAUCCGCUGCUCAAGCUGUGGAAUUGAAAACGAAGGAGUCUGUGUAUCCGAGGGAAAGUGUUGUACCAACGAAGAAUGCUUCUUGUCAAACGAAUGUAGCUACAACUCUGUCUGUCCUGAACUUUUCUGCAAGAUUGGUCAUCACCCAGGAUACUGCAUGAAGAAAGGAUACUGCUGUACUCAAGGAGGCUGUCAAUCAAGUGCAAUGUGCUGA